CAUCAAUCGACACUCUGACAAUGCCACGAUGAGCGAGUCCCAACAGCUUCUUGAUGAGCAUCAGCAAUCAGAUUCGGAUGCGGAACCAGAACAAAGUGAAAGCGUGCAACAACGACGCUUGUCCCCGAUCCCAUCAACCGCAACUUCGCGGCAGUCAUCCACUUCGUCUACCUCCCGUAGCUCUACUCCAGCACACCCCAAUGCCAAUGGUCACCCUGAUGGAAAGCGGCACUCGUCGUUCGCCCAACCCCGCCCCGGCGGAACGCCGCGGACGCCUAACAGAGUCCGGUUCGAGGAGGAUCCGGUACGGAGGAGCUUGAACGGCAACCCACAUGGAGCUGAAUGGGUCGAGCUCGAAGGGGAAGACUACAUGGAUGCAAAUGGAUACCAGGGGUCAGAAGGAAGGGAACGUGUGCAACGACUCCCCCUGCUCACUGGCAUCGAGGCUCCCACUGUCACCCUUGCCGAUGAAUUUGAUCCAGAGGAGCACCUGGAGAAUGCACGUCCGCGAAGCGGAAUGCGCAGUGCAUUUAUGAAUAUGGCGAAUAGCAUAAUUGGAGCCGGUAUUAUUGGCCAGCCAUAUGCCUUUCGUAAUGCCGGACUUGUCGCCGGUACUGCUCUCCUUGUCGGACUUACCGUAGUAGUCGACUGGACGAUCCGCCUUAUCGUGAUUAAUUCCAAGCUCAGCGGAGCGAACUCUUUCCAAGCAACCGUGGAACACUGUUUUGGAAAAUCAGGAUUGAUAGCGAUUUCUCUGGCACAAUGGCUAUUCGCCUUUGGAGGCAUGGUAGCCUUCUGUGUAAUUGUUGGAGAUACGAUACCCCGUGUGCUCCUUGCUCUUUUCCCUUCUCUCGCUGAUACCCACUUCCUGUGGCUCCUGACCGACCGGAGAGCUGUUAUAGUUCUCUUCAUUCUGGGCAUAUCAUAUCCGCUGUCACUGUACCGGGACAUUGCGAAGCUCGCCAAAGCCAGCGGCCUCGCACUCGUCAGCAUGAUCAUUAUCAUUGUAACUGUUCUCACACAAAGUUUCCGCGUUCCUAGUGAUAACCGCGGCUCCCUGCGGGGACUCCUUUUCAUCAACUCUGAAAUCUUCGAAGCAAUCGGCGUUAUUUCCUUUGCCUUUGUCUGUCACCACAACAGUCUCCUGAUAUACGGCUCUCUCCGCAAGCCAACGAUCGACCGCUUCGCCCGGGUAACCCACUACAGUACCGGCAUCUCGCUCGUUGCAUGUCUUGCCAUGGCACUGUCGGGCUUCCUAACUUUCGGAUCCAAAACCGUCGGCAACGUGCUCAACAAUUUCCCAGACGAUAACAUAAUGGUCAACAUAGCACGGCUCUGUUUCGGCCUCAACAUGCUUACCACGCUCCCUCUCGAAGCUUUCGUUUGCAGAGAAGUAAUGAACAACUACUGGUUCGCGAAUGAGCCGUACAAUAUGAACCGUCAUAUGAUCUUCACGACCAGCCUCGUCGUCUCCGCCAUGACGAUUUCCCUCCUUACCUGCGACUUGGGUGUCGUUUUCGAAUUGUUUGGCGCAACUUCGGCCUGUGCUCUGGCUUACAUAUUACCUCCUUUGUGUUAUAUUAAACUGGCGAAACGGAGUGCGAAGACUUAUGCGGCUAUGGGCGUUGUGGGGUUUGGGUGCAUUGUCAUGGUUACUUCAAUUGUUAAGACUUUCGCUAAGAUAGCGAAGGGUGAGGAAGCAAGUGCGAAAUGUGGGUGAGUGACGGAGGGUCUCAUUGUUUGUUGCAUAGCUAGGAGUUGGACGUAAGGGCUCUUUCUUUGCGGUUUGGGAUUAUAUGUAACUGGAGGCAGCAUGGAUGCCGCAGUAGACCUUGGCUGUUUUUGGGAAUGUUGUCAUAUACGCAAUAAGUCGUCUAUGGAAAAUACGACGAUGACUGAGAACUGAAGUCCGUGCUGCCUGGGGCAUGCCAGGCGUAACUUUUGACGGAGCUGUAUAUAUCACCUAGACCUUGGACCGCGACAUCGCCCAGGCCAAGCUGCAAAGGCUCGCGGCCCCUAUGAAUGCAAGCGGGCAGAACACUUGGGAGAGAAACAGCACAAAUAUUUUUU